GAAAUCGAAAACAAUUCAGUAGCUUCCGCUCAAACAAGGUCAAUAAACCAUGUGCUCACAUUUAAUUUACUGAAAGAACGUCAUUAACUCAAAACUUUCUGCGACUAGUCCAUUUUGCAGCCGAUCAUUCAAAAUGCACUUAGCACGGCGGUCUUCGUUCAUACCCAUCACAUGAUCAAUAAUUUAGCUGUUCUGUAUGGCAUCUGGGAAGUGGACAAAAGCAGAAGUUUAAAUUAGACCAAGCGGUUAAGGAUAUCUGUUCAGUGAAAUAAAGUUCAGAGAAAAUGCCAGCACAAUUUACAAGUCAAGGCAGCCUUCAUCAUGGAAGGCAAAAUCCAAAACGAAAGCGAGCGACCAUUUCAAAUGAGUUGCAGUUUGACACUAAUUUAUUGGCAUCAUUUAAAUUCAAGCCAUUUUACAAACCUGAAGACUUUAAAGUGAAUAGAAUCUUGAUGGGUCAGUGCUGCAGCUGCCUACCUGACAGCCGGCAUGAUUUUUGCGACCCCAAUACAGCUGAGCAUGGAAUGCGAAAUAUAUUGGAUGUAAAGCCAGAGUUGGGGGACUCAAGUCCUGUGGUGAUGAGCUUUGACAAACUUGCCUAUUCACUGCGUAGACCUCUCUUUGGGCCAUUUCCAGACCUUUCAGUCGCUGUUCUUACCAACCCUCGUGUUGUUGAUGCUGUCCAGAGAGCUGCUUGGGACCUUGGUUCUGAAGGUACUGGCUUGGAUAAUUUCUCAGUCAUGGAGAAAAGAGCCAGCAGAAUAAUAAACAAGAUGAAGGCUUCUGUGUCAGCUGCUUUUAUAAGGUUUACAGGUUGGUUCCUGCUCAAGUUUCUGUCUGUGAUAUUGCAUUCUGUGCUAGUGCACAAAGGGCAGAUGGCUGUCUUGAAAAAAGCUGCAGAUCGUGGUUUGCCAAUGAUUUAUCUGCCACUACAUCGUAGUCAUCUGGACUAUGUUCUUGUGACCUUUAUUCUGUGGAACUAUGAUAUCCGUGCACCACAUGUUGCAGCAGGAGACAACAUGGACAUUCCCUUUUUCAGCCUUCUUAUGAGAAGUCUUGGGGGGUUCUUCAUUCGCAGGCAGCUAGACAAUGGGAGCACAGACAAAGACAUUUUGUACAGAGCCAUUUUAAAUACAUACAUGCUUGAAUUAUUGAAAAGAGGAGAGAGUUUAGAAUUCUUCAUUGAAGGUGGCCGCACACGUACAGGACGAGCCAUCCGACCCAAAGGGGGACUUCUCUCUGUCGUGGCAGAUGCUUGUUCAGAAGGUAUUAUUCCUGAUGCUUAUGUUGUUCCCAUAAACAUCAGUUAUGACAAGCUUCUAGAAGGAAACUUCUGCAAAGAACAAAUGGGUCAACCAAAAGAGAGAGAGUCAUUCCGAGGAGCUUGCAGAGCAUUGUUCAAGGUCCUUUGUGGAGACUUUGGCAGUGUGCGAGUGGACUUUGCACAUCCUUUCUCAGUACAGGAAUUCAUCAAAUCAUCAAAAAAUUUUCCUGCCCAAAACUUAUUCGUUGCAAGUACUCUCCAAAGCUCAGAAUCCACAGUCUCAUGUCCUGCUUUCUCACAGCCGUUAGUGUCCAACAGCAACAACUCUCCAGAUAUUAUAGAGGGCAACCGCAUGGUUGUUAGGGCAUUAGCUGAACAUACAGUAUUCACGUGUGUCAGUUCACUUGCUCCCAUGUGUUCACAUAUGCUUGCUUUCUUGCUGCUCACCAAGUUUCGCCAGGGUGCAUCACUAGAAAGCCUUGCUGAUGCCAUGCAGUGGCUCAAAGAAGAACUUGCCAUCCGAAACCAAGACGUGGGCUUCUGCGGCAAACCUCAGGAUGUUAUUCUUUAUGCACAGAACCUUCUAGGAGAGGAGGCAGUAGCCUGCAGUGUGAAGACAGACGAGGAGGUUUUUCUGACACCCACCUUGACCUUGCCUACUGUGUUUGAGCUUAGUUACAAUGCCAGUAGCAUCACUAGUACCUUUGCACUAGAGAGCAUUUUAGCUAUAGCAGUGAUAGCAGAAGCAGGCUUGCACCCUGGCACAUGGACAGAUAAGCAGUGUACAGAACCAACCAUCAACAUCAGUCAGGACACUGUUCUGGAAACCGCCCAUAAGAUCUGUGACUUGUUACACACAGAGUUUAUAUUUGUGCCUCCUUGUAAAAAACUGCAAGAUGUCUUGAUUGAAAAGUUUGAGGACUUUGUCUUAACAGAAGUUUUACUGGAGGAGGAAUCUCAGGAUACGCAUUCAGUCAACCCUGCAGAGAAGCAGUGGGCUGCCCGCAUCUCCAAGAAUCUGUCUUGGGAUGAUGAAGAGGAUGAAGAUAGCAGGCAGCCAUGCAGAGCGCAUGGUCCAGGUGAAUGUGGGACGUGUAGAGGUGAUGGACAAGUUGAAAUUUCUUCAUUCUGUGAUGGCCCCAGUCCUGGAGUCAUAUCUGAUCACUGCCUGUCACCUUGCUCAGACUGUGGAGGAGAUGCCUGAGGAUGACUUUCUGCAGCUUCUUGUGCAGUUUGCCCAAGAGAGAGCCAAAAACAAACUUGUCAUAUAUGCGGAAAGUUGUGGGGUGCUGAAUCUCAAGAAUGCUAUUAAAGCUUUUGAGAACUUGAAGAUGAUGGACUGUUAUCGAAGUGCUAAUCUUUCUAUGAUUUCUUUAAGUGAGAAUUUAAGUUUACAAGAGCAGCUUAAUCAGUACAUUGAGAUUCUGAAGGUGGCACGGUUCUAAAUGAUUUUUUUUCAAAGGCAUCAGUUUGUGUUAAGAUUUGCAGAGGUCUUUAAAAUACUCAUUUUGCCUUGCAUUUGUGAGAAUAUUUAGCUACUUUUACAGAGUUAACUAGAAUAAUUUUCACUUUGAAGCCUCUUGCUCUCAGAUAUUAAAUAUAAAGCAUGCCAUGUUCCAGAAUCACAAGGGUAAAAAGAGUAUAACUAGUUAAUUGCAGGCUGUGAGAAAAUGUGAUGAUGCUGUGGCAAAUAGACGAGGAAAACUCAGUUAAUGGCGUCUGCUUUUCUCAAAUUAUGAAUUCAGCAAAUAUGGUAUUUACCAAACAGUUGCGUACCAUUAUAUUGUCCAGUUUGUUAGAUCUAAAAAGAAAUUGUUGUUCACGUCCAUUGAACCAUCUCUGCUAUAUUAUUUAUCCUCAGUGGGAGAAAGUUAUUAGAAGGGGUCAUCUGGCUGGCAAAAUGAUUUGAAUAGGUCUACCCAGAGUCCGUGAAUAUACGAUUUGACCCAGCAUUUCUGCUCAGCCGAUUUACCCAGUUUAGGUAGUGUAACAGCUGAGAUAAACAUGCUUCAUGAAUAUUAAUGUUGCCGUUCAAAUUGGAGAGGUAACAAAAGGGCAGGUUGUUUGAACUUAAUCAUGUCGAUCGCUUGAAAAUGAGAUUAAUGUAAAUCCUUUGUCAGUCAUUCAGAGCAAGUGUUCUAGACCUGCACCCUUGCCGAGGAUGAUUGAAACAGACUAGUUCUAGCCAACAUAAGGCUGUAAGAGAACCAGUCAGUGGGUAUGCUAAUAGAAGCAAAACUGCUGGAAAGUUUGUCUAGGAGAAACAGGGGCCAUGAAGUAAAUGCUGUUUGUCUUCCAGCUUGGACCACUGAUAAUGCCAAACUGGAAAACCUUUAGUUUUAUCUGUUUUAAAUGUAAGCUUCCUUGUCAUCCUAAGCAACAAAUCUUCCUUCGGGAUUUGACCUCCCUAAACCUUAUCUCCUGGUCUAGGUAUGUGCACCCUCUACGAGGGUAGUUAUUUUUUUAAAAGGAUGGUCGAUUUUCUUCUUUACAGUACAGAGUGCAACAAGGCUUGAUAUACAGUGCUAAUGGGCAUUAGUUUGGAAUGUUGAUGUGUUUAUUUUUCACUUUGUGGCACGCUUUUACUGAAAUGUUUGUGGUUGGUGUUGAACUUGUAGUCUGUGAAUACUGCUUAAAAAGUGUUACAGGCAUUAAGAAAGUUUUCUCAGCCUAUUUAUAAAUAGCAAUUUAUGAAGUAUCACACAUAAAAGUCGCUCAUCAGUCAUGGCAAAUUGAAACUGUUAAAGAACCAUUAAAGUUCCCAACAUGCAUCAAAUUCAAAUGUAAUGGUGGUUUUCCUAAUUUUUAAUUUAAGGGGAGGUUACUCUGCCACUGCAUAAUUUCUUGUGUUGCAUCACUUGUUAAAACCAUUUUCCUUUGUCCUCAUUCGAUCUGUACUAACAAACGAAAGUGGGGUGGAUAAAAGACUUGUUUGUGUAGUAUCAUCAGAUUGUAUAGAUUGCCCAUAGUGUUUCAGAAAAGGAAUAAACAUUUUAGUCAUACAUAUCAUUCAUGUGCCUUUUAGAAACAUUUGUGGACUAGCUGGCCAGAAAUAUCCUUUUGGCACUUUUUGGAAAUAAUGAUGCGUGAAGAAUGUUUGAAAAUGUCUUGUUGAUACCAAAAACGGAUGUGUGCAUCUUAACUGACAAUCAGUAGAUGUUGACGCAUUCUAAUAUGCAGAAUUUUUUUCAUGUGUAUUUGGACUAAAGAGUCUUUGCUGUUUCUGUUUUUGUAAGUCAGGUAAUGUCCUGUGCCAUUUCCCUGAUUAGGCAUGCACUUUUAUUUUUAAUGAACUAGAGCUUCUCCAAAAGUCACAAUUCUGGAAAUAGUCAUGUCUGUAUCUAUAAAACCACAAAACGUUUAGUUCACAAUGGCUGUACUUGCUUUAUGCUCAGUUUCUGCAAUCUUGUUUUAUGAUGUAUAAAUUUAGUUCCGUUGCGAGACUUUGUGAAAAUGCAAUAAAUGCAGUUAAAAGAUA